AUGGAUAUUCCUCAGCUAGGAUAUGGAACAUUCUUGGCAACAGAUCCUACAAAACUCAAGGCAGCACUUCAUUACGCAAUCGAAGAAUGUGGUGUCCGAAAUCUUGAUUGUGCCUGGGGAUACAACAAUCAAGAUGUUAUUGGUGAUACAUUGAAAGAGAUCUUUGAUAAAGGUAAAAUCAAACGCGAAGAUAUUUUCAUUACUUCUAAGCUUUGGUGUACUCAUCACAGACCAGAUCUAGUCGAAUAUGAACUCAAAGAGACAUUACAACAGUUACAGCUCGAUUAUAUUGAUCUAUGGUUGAUGCAUAUGCCAAUUGCUCUCCAAUCAAGAACAGAUCGAGAAUAUUUUCCAAAAGAUUCCAAUGGAAAAGUUAUUUAUGAACAGAUAGAUAUACUUGACACAUAUAAAGCGAUGGAAGAAUGCAUGAAGAAAGGAAUGACACGUCAUAUUGGUGUUUCUAACUUCUCAAUCGAACAACUUGAACGUGUUUGGUUCAACUGUGAUAUCAAACCAUAUGCAAAUCAAGUCGAAUGCCAUGUUUACAAACAACAUCAUCCACUUAUUGAUUAUUGUGAGAGUCACAACAUCUUUUUGAUGGCACACACAACUAUUGGACAUCCACCUCUUAAAGGAUAUCGCGGUUGCACAUUAAUUGAAGAUCCAGAUGUUGUUAGUAUUGCAAACAAAAUCGGAAAAACACCAGCACAAGUUUGUAUCAAAUUCUUAAUCCAAAUGAGUCCUAAAGUUAUUGCAAUUCCUAUGUCAUUAAAUCCAACAAACAUCAAACUUAAUUACGACAUGAAUUUCAUUCUGAAUGACUCACAAAUGUCUAAACUCAAGUCUCUUGAUAGAUUUUAUGCUUUUAAGUAUUAUCCAGACGUUUUUGGUGUUGAUGUUCUUGGUUAUGGAUUCAAUGUUUGGGCUUAA